AUGGCGCUCCUCAAGCUCCCCAAUGAACUGCUGCAGGCCAUCUUGGCGGAACUGAAUCUAGAGCGAGACAUCAACGCGUUCGUUCAGACCAACCGCCAUCUUUAUCAAAAUUUCAAUAGCUUCCUCUAUCGACACCAUGUGAAUCACUUCCGAGCCGUGGCCCUAACAUGGGCUACGAUCCGGGGGCGGGAAGAGACGAUCCGGAAACUACUACUUGAGGGAGCUGACAAGGUGAUCGAAACCCAUAACAAGUCCAACUCGCCAUUAUUCCUGUCGGCAAUGUGUGGCCACUUAUCCAUAACCAACUUCCUAGUGGAGCAAAACUACGACCCCGACGCUCGAAAUGAGACUGGCCGGACACCCCUCUCGUGGGCUGCGCAAAAUGGCCACAUGGAUAUUGUCAAGUUUCUAUUAUCGAAAGGCGUCGAUAUGGACUCGGAAGAUGAAGACAACCAAACGCCUCUUUUCUUCACAGUAGAGCGUGGUCACGAACUAAUCGCCAAACUUCUGCUCGAGAAAGGCGCUCGACCGAACCUGAAGAAUGCCGGCUUUCAGCGCACCCCACUGUUCUACGCCGCCGAACGGGGGACUUUGUCUGUGGUCAAGCUUCUUCUAGAGAAGGGUGCGGACUUAGAUCCCACAGAUAUACACGGGCGAACGCCAUUGUCUUUUGCAGCACAGAGUGGUCAGGAGUCAGUCAUUCGGUUUCUCCUAGAUCGUGGUGCCGACGUGGACGCCGCAACGAACCGUGGUCGAACCCCUUUAUCGUGGGCAACUAUGUUUGCCCAUGAUGCCGCCGUUAGACUUCUUUUAGAGCGGGGAGCAAACCCGAACUCCGCAAAUUAUGAAGGAAACACUCCGUUGUCCUGGGCAGCAGAGAGAGGGCACAUCUCAACCGUUGAGAUCCUGCGAGGAUACGGGGCUCACAUAGACGGUAAGGGGCUUAAUGGCCAAACGGCCUUAGCAUCGGCAGCACAAGAGGAGCCCGUGUCUACGGUCCGGCUCUGGUUGAAGUACGGUGCCUUUGUAGACACGCAGGACCAGUACCAGCGGACGCCUCUGUUUGUUGCCACAUUAUUGGCGCGAGAAGACAUAGUACAGGCCCUUCUCGAGCACGGCAGUACUGCAAUGGAGACCCCAACCUGUGCCGGACGUACUCCGUUAUCCAUUUCCCGUGAAUACAAGCUAGGAAAUAUUUUGAAACUCCUAGCUGACGCCUCGGGUACUCAUGUGGAAGUGGAAGAAACAGAAAUGACACCCUCUGUGGUUGUUUCAGACUUCCAAACCUGCUGCGAUAGCUGUGGCAUUGAAAUACCCACCUAUGAUUAUAGCUUCAACUGCGCGCAGUGCAAUGACACUGAUUAUGAUUUCUGCGUUGAAUGUUCUGCUUAUGGUGCAUCGUGUGGUGUGGAAGGCCAUACUCUGGAGAGGCAGAAUUCAAGGGCAACAGAAAGUUCGAACUAA